CGAAGGCAGCGAAAAAAAUCAAACAGUUGAACGAAACCCGCCCAGCAAAUAUAAGUAGUCGGUCGGGAGAACCUACGUGUAACGAGUGAAAGAAUUUUUGUGCAUUUUUUGAAGUGUUUAAAGAUUUUAGAUUAGACAACGAAUUUUUAAUAAAUUAUUUUUUACAUUUAAACAUAAAAAAAUACGAAAUUUAAAAUAAAUUUAAUAGCUAAAAAAGUGUUUAAUUGUUGUGUGAUAAAAUAAAGAGAAAAGAAAAUAAGAAAAAAAAAGAAUAUUUUUUUUUAACUGAAAAAAAGUGUUUGAUUUGCAAAAUAACAUUUAAAGUGUUUAAAUAUUUAAACAUAAAAAAGAACUUAAAACUUAGAUAAAGUAUAAAAAUGGCUGAAGAAGUAGAUCGCAACGAUCCCGAAUUGAAGUAUCUUUCGGUGGAACGUAAUCAGUUCAAUGAUCCGGCAACUCAAGCGGAAUGGACACAAAAACGUUUAGUUUGGGUGCCUCAUGAAAAUCAGGGCUUUGUCGCUGCCAGUAUUAAACGUGAACACGGCGAUGAAGUUGAGGUUGAACUUACCGAAACCGGUAAACGUGUUAUGGUUCUACGUGAUGAUAUACAAAAAAUGAACCCGCCUAAAUUCGACAAAGUCGAGGAUAUGGCCGAAUUAACAUGUCUCAAUGAGGCAUCCGUCUUGCACAAUAUCAAAGACAGAUAUUAUUCGGGUUUGAUUUAUACAUAUUCCGGUCUUUUCUGCGUUGUUGUUAAUCCCUAUAAAAAGUUACCAAUUUACACUGAAAAGAUUAUGGAACGGUAUAAGGGUAUAAAAAGACACGAAGUACCUCCCCAUGUGUUUGCUAUAACAGAUACCGCCUAUAGAUCUAUGUUGCAAGAUCGAGAAGAUCAAUCAAUUCUGUGUACUGGUGAAUCUGGUGCUGGUAAAACUGAAAAUACUAAAAAAGUCAUACAGUAUUUAGCGUAUGUGGCUGCUUCAAAACCUAAAGGUUCUGGUGCGGGACCACAUCCGGCUUUAAUUAUUAAUUUGCAAGUAAAUGUUAAGAAAAACUUUAAAAUUCAAUGCAAUGUCCAUGGUAUGUCAGAAACAGAAUGUUUAAAAAAUCAUUGUCAUGAUAUAGAAAAUGCAAAAUUAACAGAAAAUACCGGAAGCCGGUCAGUAUUUCACAAGGGCGAAUUGGAGCAACAACUUUUGCAAGCCAAUCCAAUUUUAGAAGCCUUCGGUAAUGCCAAGACCGUGAAGAACGACAACUCAUCACGUUUUGGCAAAUUUAUACGCAUCAAUUUUGAUGCUUCUGGUUAUAUUUCGGGUGCCAACAUUGAAACAUAUUUACUCGAAAAAUCUCGUGCCAUUCGUCAAGCCAAAGACGAAAGAACAUUCCAUAUUUUCUAUCAAUUACUCGCUGGCGCUACGCCUGAACAACGUGAAAAAUUCAUCUUAGAUGAUAUUAAAACAUAUCCAUUCCUUUCUAACGGCAGUCUGCCCGUACCCGGUGUCGAUGAUUUUGCCGAAUUUCAAGCGACCGUUAAAUCGAUGAACAUCAUGGGCAUGACCGCCGAUGACUUCAAUUCGAUUUUCCGCAUUGUGAGUGCAGUGCUGCUGUUUGGCUGUAUGAAAUUCCGUCAGGAACGCAACAACGAUCAGGCUACGUUGCCUGACAAUACGGUGGCUCAGAAGAUUGCCCACCUUUUGGGUUUGAGUGUUACCGAUAUGACACGUGCUUUCCUAACGCCUCGCAUAAAGGUGGGUCGUGAUUUCGUUACGAAGGCCCAGACCAAGGAGCAGGUCGAAUUCGCUGUGGAAGCAAUUGCUAAGGCGUGCUACGAACGCAUGUUCAAAUGGUUAGUGAAUCGUAUUAAUCGUUCUUUGGAUCGUACUAAACGUCAGGGUGCCUCGUUUAUUGGUAUUCUCGAUAUGGCUGGUUUCGAAAUCUUCGAGUUGAACUCAUUCGAACAGCUGUGCAUCAAUUACACGAACGAAAAGUUGCAACAACUUUUCAAUCACACCAUGUUCAUUUUGGAACAGGAGGAAUAUCAGAGAGAAGGUAUUGAGUGGAAAUUCAUUGAUUUCGGUUUGGAUCUGCAGCCGACAAUCGAUUUGAUUGAUAAACCUGGUGGUAUUAUGGCUCUAUUGGAUGAAGAGUGUUGGUUCCCCAAGGCCACCGACAAGACUUUCGUUGAGAAAUUGGUGUCAGCCCAUUCAAUGCAUCCGAAAUUCAUGAAAACAGAUUUCCGUGGUGUAGCCGACUUUGCUAUUGUACACUACGCCGGCAAAGUGGAUUAUUCUGCUGCCAAGUGGUUGAUGAAGAAUAUGGAUCCGUUAAAUGAAAAUAUUGUUUCUCUGCUACAGAACUCACAAGAUCCAUUUGUGGUCAACAUUUGGAAAGAUGCCGAAAUUGUUGGCAUGGCUCAUCAAGCUCUUACCGAUACCCAAUUCGGAGCUCGUACCCGCAAGGGUAUGUUCCGUACGGUAUCGCAUUUGUACAAGGAGCAAUUGGCUAAACUUAUGGACACUUUGCGCAACACCAAUCCGAACUUUGUGCGUUGUAUCAUACCAAAUCAUGAGAAACGUGCUGGCAAGAUUGAUGCCCCUCUGGUCCUCGACCAGUUGCGUUGUAAUGGUGUGCUCGAAGGUAUUCGUAUUUGUCGCCAGGGCUUCCCCAACCGAAUUCCAUUCCAAGAGUUCCGUCAACGCUACGAAUUGCUUACACCCAACGUCAUACCGAAGGGCUUCAUGGAUGGCAAGAAGGCUUGCGAGAAAAUGAUUGCAGCUCUGGAACUCGACUCGAAUCUGUUCCGUGUCGGUCAGUCGAAGAUCUUCUUCCGCGCUGGUGUUUUAGCUCAUCUCGAAGAAGAACGCGAUUACAAGAUCACCGAUCUUAUUGUAAACUUCCAAGCUUUCUGCCGUGGUUUCUUGGCCAGACGUAACUAUCAAAAGCGUUUGCAACAAUUGAAUGCCAUUCGUAUUAUUCAGCGUAAUUGUGCUGCCUAUUUGAAGUUACGGAAUUGGCAGUGGUGGCGUUUGUACACAAAAGUCAAGCCUCUGCUCGAGGUGACGAAGCAAGAAGAAAAGCUCGUUCAAAAGGAAGAUGAGCUUAAGCAAGUGCGCGAAAAACUUGAAAGUCUCGCAAAGAGUACCCAAGAGUUUGAGCGCAAGUACCAACAGGCGUUGGAGGAGAAGACCUCAUUGGCCGAACAGUUGCAAGCUGAAAUAGAACUUUGUGCUGAAGCGGAAGAGUCGCGUUCCAGACUGAUGGCUCGCAAACAGGAAUUGGAAGAUAUGAUGCAAGAAUUAGAAACACGUAUCGAAGAAGAGGAAGAGCGUGUAUUGUCUUUGGGUGUAGAAAAGAAGAAACUUGAAUUGAACAUUCAAGACCUCGAGGAACAAUUGGAAGAGGAGGAAGCGGCUCGGCAAAAACUACAAUUGGAAAAGGUGCAACUUGAUGGCAAAAUUAAGAAAUACGAAGAAGAACUCGCCCUCACCGAAGAUCAAAAUCAGAAAAUGAUUAAGGAAAAGAAAUUGCUGGAGGAACGAGCCAAUGAUCUUUCGCAAACCUUGGCUGAAGAAGAAGAGAAAGCCAAACACUUGGCCAAACUAAAGGCCAAACACGAAGCCACCAUAGCUGAAUUAGAAGAAAGACUACACAAAGAUCAGCAGCAAAGACAAGAAUCCGAUCGUACCAAACGUAAAAUCGAAACGGAAAUGGCAGAUCUUAAGGAGCAGCUCAAUGAGCGACGUACACAAGUCGAAGAACUGCAGGUACAAUUAGCGAAACGCGAAGAAGAACUUACUCAAACCCUCAUGCGUAUUGAUGAAGAAUCAGCAUCUAAAGCUGCGGCCCAAAAAGCUCAACGAGAAAUUGAAUCACAAUUGGCCGAGUUGCAAGAAGAUUUGGAAGCCGAAAAGGCAGCCAGAGCCAAGGCUGAAAAGAUAAGACGUGAUUUGGGAGAAGAAUUGGAGGCACUUAAAAAUGAGCUUUUGGAUUCGCUAGACACAACCGCAGCCCAACAAGAAUUGCGUUCUAAACGUGAACAGGAAUUAGCUUCCCUUAAAAAGUCCCUAGAGGAAGAGACUGUAAAUCACGAAUCGAACAUCGCUGAGAUGAGACAUAAACAUGUUCAGGAAUUAAAUAGCAUUAAUGAACAAUUGGAGAGUCUUCGUAAAGCUAAAGCUGUGCUGGAAAAGGCCAAGAGUACUUUGGAAGCCGAAAAUGCCGAUUUGGCUACCGAAUUGCGUAGUGUUAAUAGUUCCCGCCAAGAAAACGAUCGCCGUCGUAAACAAGCCGAAUCUCAAAUUGCCGAAUUACAGGUGAAAUUGGCUGAAGUAGAACGUGCCCGUUCGGAAUUGCAAGAGAAAUGCACAAAACUUCAACAGGAAGCCGAAUACGUAACGAAUCAACUGGAAGAAGCCGAACUAAAAGCAUCUGCCGCCGUCAAAUCAGCCAGCAAUAUGGAAUCCCAACUUGCCGAAACCCAACAGUUACUCGAAGAAGAAACCCGCCAGAAAUUAUCGCUAAGUUCGAAGUUGCGUCAACUUGAGUCUGAGAAAGAAGCGCUGCAGGAACAGCUCGAAGAAGAUGAAGAAACAAAAAAGAACUACGAACGCAAAUUGGCCGAGCUGACGGCCACCAUGCAAGACAUCAAAAAGAAGGCCGAAGAAGAUUCCGACAUGGUUAAGGAAUUGGAAGAGGGCAAGAAACGUCUGAAUAAGAGCAUUGAGGAUUUGGAGAGACAAGUCAAGGAAUUGCAGGCUCAAAAUGAUCGUUUGGACAAGAGUAAAAAGAAGAUACAAUCCGAAUUGGAAGAUGCCACCAUUGAAUUGGAAGCACAACGCACAAAGGUGCUUGAAUUGGAGAAGAAACAAAAGAACUUUGAUAAAAUAUUGGCCGAAGAGAAAUCAAUUUCAGAACAAUAUGCUCAAGAACGUGAUACGGCCGAGCGCGAAGCCCGCGAAAAGGAGACAAAGGUGCUUUCAUUGAGCCGUGAAUUGGACGAAGCCUACGACAAGAUCGAAGAUAUGGAAGCCAAACGCAAGGCAUUACAAAAUGAAUUGGACGAUUUGGCCAAUACACAAGGUACCGCUGAUAAGAAUGUGCACGAAUUGGAGAAGGCUAAACGAGCCUUGGAAUCCCAAUUGGCCGAACUUAAAGCACAAAAUGAAGAAUUGGAAGAUGAUCUCCAAUUGACCGAAGAUGCCAAAUUGCGUUUAGAAGUUAACAUGCAAGCCUUGCGUUCCCAAUUCGAACGCGAUCUACAAGCCAAGGAAGAACAAGCCGAAGAGAAACGUCGUGGUCUGGUUAAACAACUGCGCGACCUCGAGGCUGAAUUGGAUGAAGAACGCAAACAACGUACAGCCGCUGUAGCUGCCAAAAAGAAACUUGAAGGUGAUCUUAAAGAACUGGAAACCACAAUGGAAAUGCACAACAAGGUGAAAGAAGACGCCCUCAAGCAUGCCAAGAAAUUGCAAGUGCAGGUUAAGGAUGCCCUACGCGAGGCCGAAGAAGCCAAGGCCGCUAAGGAGGAACUGCAAGCUCUCAGCAAAGAGGCUGAACGUAAAGUGAAAGCCCUCGAAGCUGAAGUUAUGCAACUUACAGAAGAUUUGGCCAGUUCGGAGAGAGCGCGUCGUGCCGCCGAAACAGAACGUGAUGAGUUGGCCGAAGAAAUGGCUGCCAACGCCAGCAAGGGAACACUUAUGAUUGACGAGAAGCGUCGUUUAGAAGCCCGCAUUGCCUCAUUGGAAGAAGAACUCGAAGAGGAACAAUCCAACUCUGAAAUACUACUCGAUCGUAGUCGCAAGGCCCAAUUGUUGAACGAACAAUUGUCCACGGAAUUGGCCACAGAAAAGUCAAAUGCGCAAAAGAACGAGAACACAAGAGCUCUUUUGGAAAGACAAAACAAGGAACUGAAAGCAAAACUGGCCGAAAUCGAAACAGCGCAAAGAACCAAAAUCAAGGCCACCAUUGCCACACUCGAAGCCAAGAUUGCCAAUCUGGAAGAACAGCUCGACAACGAGGGUAAAGAGCGUCUAUUGCAACAGAAAGCCAACCGCAAGAUGGAGAAGAAAAUCAAGGAAUUGGGCUUGAACAUUGAAGAUGAGCGCCGACAUGCCGAUCAAUACAAAGAGCAAAUAGAUAAACUUAAUAGUCGCAUGAAAUUACUUAAACGUAAUCUGGACGAAACAGAGGAAGAGCUACAAAAGGAAAAGACCCAAAAACGCAAAUACCAACGUGAAUGUGAGGAUAUGAUCGAAAGCCAAGAAGCCAUGAAUCGUGAAAUUAAUUCCCUCAAAACAAAAUUAAGACGCACCGGCGGCAUGGGUCUAAGUUCGAGCCGUCUUACCGGUACACCCUCCUCAAAGCGGGGCGAUGACAGUUCUUCAGUACAGGAUGAAUCAUUAGAUGGCGAAGAUUCUGGAAAUUAAAUUCUAAAAAAUUAAAAAUUAUUAUUAUUUUUUUCAAAUUAAGUGAAAAAAGAAAGCAAAAAAAGUUUUUUACAUUAAUUUCUGUUAAUUUUUUUUUUUAUAAAAUUUACUUAUUUUUUACAACAACAAAAACACAGCUAAAAAAGUAAACACAACAAUUAAAUUAAAACAUGAUCUUUGUAAAAAAAACAAACAAAAAAAGAAAAUAAUGAAGAAACGUAAAAAAACGAAAAAAAAAACAAAAAAUAAUAAAUUAAAUGAUCUAUUGUUUCUUACUACUACAACUAGAUAUUCUUCCUUUUGCUCCAAUUUACCCCCACCAUACUCUCCCCAACAAAUAAAAAACCCUUAUUAUUAUCCCCUACUACCCUUUAAAUACCUACAAAAAAUAUUAAUUAUUAUUAUUAUUAACUACUUAAAAUUAAUAAUAUUAAAAUUAUAAAAAAAAAUAAAAUUUUUAUAAAAAAAUAUAUAAAAAAGCAAAUAAAAAAGUAUUGGAAAAAAAAUGCAUUUAUACAUAAAUUAAAAAAAGGAAAGAACAUUUUUUAAUUAUGAUUUUCGUGUGAAACGCGUUCUUUGUCUAAAUUCUUCUUAUAACUUAAUAAAACAUUCGUCGUUUAUCAAGCGAAUGUUCUUAAUUGUGAGCAUGUUGUAAAUAA